AUGAAUAAUAAUAAUAAUAAUAAUGAGGGGGUGUCAUCAUCAUCAUCAUCAUCAUCAUCGCCACUACCAAAUAUUUCAUCACCAAAUUUAAUAUCAAAUUCAAAUAUAGAGAAUGAUAUUGAAAUUAAAAAAAAAAGUAAUAAUAAUAAUAAUAAUAUAUUUGAAGGUGAUAAUUCACAUAUUUAUAAUCAAUUUUUAGGAGAAGAUUUUAAUGUUGUACAUUAUACAAGUAAUGCAUUAAAAGUAUCAUCAAUUUCAUUAUCAUUGAAUACAUUAACUUCAUGUACAAGAGAGUUGGGACAAGAGUUAACAGAGAAUAUAACAACAAAUUAUGAUGAUCUAUUUAAGUUAGCUAAUAAUAUCAAAGAAUUGGAUCAACUAACAGAUACUUUGAAAUUGGGUGUUUCAAAUUUGGAGGAAUCAAUUCAACGUAUGAAAAACGAUAUAUCAGAACCCUACAAUAAGGUUAAAUCUCAUAUUGGCCAAUUAAAACGUGUUCAAGAUUCUUGUGAAUUAUUACGUAAACUAAUUCGUUAUAUUCAAUUAGUUAAAAAAUUAAAAAAUCAUCUUCAAGCUGGUAGUAGAGAUUUAUCAAAAUCUGCUCAAUGUAUAAAUGAAAUUAAUUUAUUAAAAAAAGAUAGUGAUUUAACAGGAAUUAAUAUAAUUGAUUCGCAAGUAGUUUGGAUUAAAACAUGUAGUGAUCAAAUUAUAACUAUAUCAUCAACAUUAUUAUAUCAAGGUAUGGAGAAUCAAAAUCAAACUGAUGUUGCCAAUUCAUUACAAGUAUUUCAUAAUAUGACAAUACUAAAUGAAAAAGUUUAUUCAAUAGUAAAUUUAACAACUGAAAAAGUUAUUAAAAAUAUAAAAGCAUUAUUAAAUGUAAAUAAAUUAAUUGCAGAUUUACCAAAAACAACGAUAACUAAUAAUAUAAAUAAUAAUAAUAGUAAUAAUAAUAUAACAACCAAUAAUAAUAAUAAUAAUUAUAAUAAUAAUAAUAAUAAUAAUAAUAAUAAUAAUAUAAUAUCAACAUCAACUGAUAAAUCAAUUUGGUUAAAAUUUGAAUCAUUAAUUGAUACACUUUAUUCAUCAUUAAUACAAAUACUUCAUUUACAAAGAGUAUUACUUAAAAUUAAAGACCCAUUAACUCAUAAAUCAUUAAUGGAAGUUUUAUUAAUAAAACAACAUCAAUUACAACAACAACAACAACAACAACAACAACAACAACAACAACAACAACAACAACAACAACAACAACAACAACAACAACAACAAGUUGGAACAACCUCAAAUAAUACACAACCAAUUUUAAUUGAAAUGAUAUCAACUUUAUUUUGGAAAUCAAUUUUAAAAGUUUUAGAAAAUAAUUUAUUAGUGGCUGCAAAAUCUUCAAAUAUUAUAGAGAAUACAUUUAUUAGAGAAUAUCCAAAAGUUUCAAAAUUCUUUUUAGAUUUUAUUAAAAAAUUACAAAAUUAUAUUGACAUUCAUCAAAUGGAUAUACAACAACAAUUUAUGAUUGUUUUAUCAAAUAUAAAUCAAAUUAUAGGUAAUAAUAAUAGUAAUAAUAGCAAUAGUAAUAGUAAUAAUAGUAUUGAAUCAUCUUUAUCUACAUCAUCAUCAUCAUCGUCAUCAUCAUCAUCAUCAUCAUCAACAACAACAACAGCAACAACAUCAUUAAUUUUAUUAUCAGCAGAUGAUUAUAAAUUAUCAUUAUUUAAAUCGAUUGGAUUAUUUGAAAAAGCAUAUUUAGAAUAUAGUCAAUCUAAAAUGUCAACCAUUGUUAAUGGAUUAUUCCCACAAUCAACAUGGAGUUCAAGAUCAACAUUACCAGUUAUACCGAAUGGAAAACAAUUGGUUGAUUUAUCUAAAACCAUUUGGAGUGAAAUUGAAUGGUUGGUUGGAAAUAAUGAUAGACAAUUAUUGGGUAAAUUAAUGUUAGUUGUUUCAAAAGUAAUUGAUUUAUUCAGUUCUAAAAUCGAAUCAAUGGUUCAACCACCAGGUUUAAUAGUUUUAAAUUCAAAUAUAGGUAGUAGUAGUAGUACUGGUGGUGUUAAUAAUAAUAGUAAUAGUAAUAAUAAUAAUGAAAUUAUAACAAUCAAUGAAAAUUCAAAACCAACACCAUCUCAAACUGUAAACACUCUAUUAUUCAAUGUGUCAAUUCAAUUAAAUUCUUCAAUUCAAUCAUUAUUAACCUCUCAACCAUUAGAAAGAGAAUCAAUCAUUGUCAUUGAAAAAUCAUUAAAUUCACUAAUCACCAUUUGUACAAAUAUUAUAACACCUUUAAUGAAUUCAUUUUUCACUCAUAUCGAACAAAUAUUUUCAACAAUUCAUAAUGAAGAUUGGUAUAAUGAAAAAACUACAAAAAUGUUAAUAAAUAAAUCGAAUCAAACAUGUUCAAGUUAUAUGGAAAGUUUUAAAACAUUAGUAAAUUACUUCCAAAAUCAAUAUUUAAUGAGAUUUACUCCAUGUCAAUUAUUGAAUAAUCAAAUAAAAUCAAUGAUUUCAAAGAUAUUUAUUGUCUAUCUAAAGUAUUGCUCUUUAUUAAAACAACCAUUCUCUGAAAAUGGUAAAUUAAAAAUGGUUAAUGAUUUAACUCAUUUAGAAUUUGCUGUAACUCCAUUAUUAGUUUCUGGUGGUAUAAAAGAAAUUGGUGAAUCAUAUAAUUUAAUUAGAAAUUAUAAACAAUCAAUUUUUAAUUAA